ACGAUUUUUUUUUUAGUUGAUGCGGAAGCUUUUGUUAUGUUUCUCAUUGAAUUUCUUUUAUGAAUCUUGUUUAAACCCGACUUUAAAACGACAAGCGUUUACUCUCGUUUUACUUUGUAUCGCCAAAGUCGCUCGUCAUUUAAAAGAAAGGACGGAGAUGACUUCAAAUUUACAGAAAGCCAUCAAUCUCGCCAGCAAAGCAGCUGAGGAGGACAAAGCCAAAAACUAUGAAGAGGCUCUUCGUCUUUACCAGCAUUCAGUGCAGUACUUCCUGCACGUAAUGAAACACGAAGCUCAGGGCGAAAAAGCCAAGGAGAGCAUCAGGCUCAAGUGUGCGGACUAUCUGGACCGAGCCGAGCAGCUGAAGGAAUACUUGAAGAAGAUGGAGAACGCUCCUCCGAGCAAACCUGUCAAAGAGUCGGGCGGCAAAGGGAGUGAAAGUGAUGAAGGCGAGGAUUCUGAGAAAAAGAAGUUCCAUAAUCAGCUGUCAGGGGCCAUUGUCAUGGAAAAGCCCAACAUCAAGUGGGACGACGUAGCUGGACUGGAGGGAGCAAAGGAAGCUUUGAAGGAAGCUGUCAUCCUGCCUAUCAAAUUCCCUCACCUGUUCACAGGGAAGCGAACUCCCUGGCGUGGAAUCCUCCUGUUUGGUCCUCCAGGAACUGGAAAGUCCUACCUGGCCAAAGCUGUGGCAACAGAGGCCAACAACUCCACCUUCUUUUCCAUCUCAUCCUCAGACCUGGUGUCCAAGUGGCUGGGGGAAAGUGAAAAACUGGUGAAGAACCUUUUUGACUUGGCACGAGAGCACAAGCCAUCAAUCAUCUUCAUAGAUGAGAUCGACUCUCUCUGUGGCUCCAGGAGUGAGAACGAGAGUGAGGCGGCACGAAGGAUCAAGACUGAGUUUCUCGUCCAGAUGCAGGGUGUUGGGAACGACAACAAUGGAAUUCUGGUUUUAGGAGCAACAAAUAUUCCAUGGACACUGGAUUCAGCCAUUAGGAGAAGGUUUGAGAAAAGGAUCUACAUUCCUCUGCCAGAGGAGCACGCCCGCGCCUACAUGUUCAAACUGAACCUGGGCUCGACGCCCAGCAGCCUGAUGGAUGACGACUUUGUGGCUCUGGGAAAAAAGACUGAUGGAUAUUCUGGAGCAGAUAUCAGCAUCAUCGUGAGGGACGCUCUCAUGCAGCCAGUCAGGAAGGUCCAGUCUGCAACUCACUUUAAGAAGGUUCGGGGGUCUUCCUGGAACAAUCCUGGUAACGUGGUGGAGGAUCUCCUGACUCCGUGCUCACCAGGAGAUCCGAACGCCGUGGCCAUGACGUGGGUGGACGUGCCAGGAGAUAAACUUUUGGAGCCGGUCGUGUCCAUGGCGGACAUGCUGAGGUCGCUGUCCAACACUAAGCCCACCGUCAACGAGCAGGACUUGGAGAAGCUGAAGAAGUUCACUGAAGACUUUGGGCAAGAGGGAUAGGCGUAUGCACUUGAAGCUCCUAAGUAGGUCAACACUGAGCUGGGUUUUUGGGUCAGUAUGAACGUUUACAUACCGGGUGAAACAAGCAAAUCAUAUUGUAACUGAUAAUCUUAAGUCUUAAAUGAAAUGUUAAAUACAUUUGCUUUAAAUUGCAAAUUUGUGUCAAAAGAGAUAUUGUUUAUGGAAACAAAGGUCUCAUCCAAAAACAUGGAUGUCAACACUGAUGGACUCGCACUCACACUCUGCCAACUGUCACCAGUUAACCUUGAUAUGUUUUUGGAUUAUGAUGGAAGAUUCUUAAUUGUGAAUACUAACUGCCCAGAGGCAAGAACACUGAGAUUUAUGUUGCCGAUGGGCAAAGCUGUUACAGGAUGUGCCUUGUUCUGCAUUCCGCGAGCCUUGCCAGCUGUUUCUUAAGGAACAUUUAGGAAAGCAAGUCAAUGAUUGGCAGGUCUGUCAUGUCAAUAGUUCUGCACUACAGCAGGACUUGCAACAGCAUCUGGCUGCAACAGCUGCUUAGCAUCUAGCUUAAAAUUGAUGGACAGUAUACGACAUUGCUCCUUUCAAACAUCAGAGCUUCAACCAUUUAUCAUUCUAAAUGAAUUAUCAUAUUCUCAUUGUGCUAUUCAAUUAUAAUGCAGGUCAUUUAUACAAAGGAUUAGUGGUAAACAAUAAAUAAUUUCUCAGAAAGGGAUGCCUUAGUCUGUUCUUAGUCUGCCAUAGCUUAACUUUGCACUUUUGUUUCUGUCAUAUGUUCUGUGAACAAUAUCUCAGGGUGCAUCAUGAGGUCAACCAGCUUACACACAUCUUUCUCUAAAGAUAGAAUCAACUGUUGGUGUUUCAUUAUUACUACAAUUAAAUUGUUCUCACCGGAAAAUGAAUGUUAAAUUAUGACUGCCAGUCUGGUAGGUUUCUCUUCUUUUUAAGUGUCAUAUGUAUGUCACUUGGUUUGCUGUAUUUAUAAUGAUGCAAAUUUAAAUAAACCAAGAGUCAACAAUCUUUGGGUCACUAUA